AUGCUUCUUAUUGGAUUUCUAUAUGCAGUUAUAACUCUCAUGUAUGCUGUAUUCCACAUAUCCCUUAGUUUUCGUGAUGUUGAGGGAGUGAAGAACGGGGCUCUUCCACACCUUCAUGCUACUGAGACUGAUGUAUUGAGUACAUCACCAUUAGAAGAUACAAGCGCAUGGAAACGUGUCUUAUCAUUAGAUGAAAUACUUCUUGACAGCUUCUAUCGACUUCGUUCAGUAGGUGAUGGACGUUGGUUGGGUCACUCCUCAGGCGGUGUCUAUGGCAUUGUGCCAGAGAAAACCUUGGCUAUUCUUCGUGGACGAAAAAAUGGGACCUUUGCAAUUCAGGGAUGGAGCACGUUAUUUUUAUCGGUACAUUCUGGCAAAUUUGUAGGAAUGGACCGCACACAGGCGAGAAGCGCGGAGAUGUGGAAAUUUGUGUUUCCACCUAAAACUGGUUUUGCGGUUUUGUGGUCUCCCUCUAUGCAUUGUUUUAUACGUAUCUUUGGUGAUCAUCUAAAGUGUGAUGUAAAAGAAUUACGUGAUGCGACCGAAUGGGAGAUGUUUGUUGAGCCUAAUCAGAUGUGUCGUUCUCCUAGUACUGGUGAAGUUUGGGAUACCGUUGCUCGCCUUUGCUGGGGAUUAGCAGACACACAUAGGAACAAUUUAAAGAAGGAAAUUAUUAUCUUUGGUACCUUGAAACCGCUGAAGUCACUUGUACCGGAUGAAGGAAAUGCACAUGACCCUUUGCGGAUUGCGAAUCGCACACUUUUUAAUUGGGCACUUAUUGAGGGUGUUCGUCCUGUAGUUCUAUCUGAAGAUCCAUUAAAUCAUAAACUUAUUGAAGAAAUUAAUUUGGAAAAUAAGAAAAGAGGUGUUGGACAACAAAUAGAUAUUAUAAAGGAUUUUGAGAUUCAGGAAAAAUUUAGACAACCAACAUACCGGGGUCUAUUUUUGCGUGUGGGUUUGGCAUAUCCAGAUGCGCAGGCUAUUAUGUAUUCCAACAUGGAUAUUCUUUUCUCACAAUCUACAGUAGAUUCCAUUAAUGCAAUACAUCACUAUCAUCGUAUAAUGGCACAACGUAAUCCUGCUCUUAAAGGUUGGUUUGCUAUUGGGCGUCGCACAAACGUGGAUAUUCCCGUGAAUUGGACUUUGAGAAGCGAUUGGGAAAAGGAUGUGGAAGUGAAUUUUCGGACAAUUGGAGUACCUUUUCAAAGUCUUUCAGAAGAUUAUUUUGCGAUGAGCCAUAACAUGUUUGAUUGGACACAAAUACCUGACUUUGUUGUAGGUGGGACUGCUUUCGAUAACUGGGUAACAACAAGAGCUGUUUUACUCGCCCGCGCGGGACAGGCAGUAGUAGUUGAGUCCACUCUUACUCUUACGGCAAUACAUCAGAAUCACGGAGAAAAUGUGAAGGCGAGUCAUCAUCAACCCAAAUCACGGUAUAAUAACAUAUUGGCCCGUCAAAAUGGUGGAUGGUCGCUUGGACACACAACUGAUGCGCCGUUGAUAUCGGUAUCUCGUUUUGGUAUUGAGGUGCUAAUUUUUGAUAGGUUGGCACUUCUGGUUGCUUGA